AUGGCACGAAAGGCAGUUGAGACGGAUUCCAAACCAGCGGAUAUUUCCAAUGGUGAUAUAAAUGAGCCUGCUGGACAGGCCGAGGCACCACUGGAUCCAGAGUCGGACGAGAAUGUCCCACUGGAUGCGGAGGAGCUCAAGGAAGCAUUGGGGAGACCGCCUCCCGUCAAUAGCAGCUACCUUCCACUUCCUUGGAAAGGUCGCCUGGGAUACGCUUGCCUAAAUACCUACCUGCGAUACUCCAAUCCUCCCGUCUUCUGCUCUCGCACCUGUCGCAUUGCCUCUAUCCUCGAAAAUCGACACCCGCUGCAGGAUCCCGAUCAACCUGCGCAUUCUACGAAGAACCGUCCAGAUCGCGACCAGCCGGCCGAUGUAGCCCGCGGGCAGGCCUUUGUGGAAUCCUUAGGCCUUGCCAAUGCGCGCGACCUCGUGAAGCUCUUGCGCUGGAACGACAAGUAUGGGAUCAAGUUCAUGCGAUUGAGCAGUGAAAUGUUCCCGUUUUGCAGUCAUAAAGAGUACGGGUAUAAACUGGCACCAUUCGCCGCAGAAGUGCUAGCAGAAGCAGGCCGAGUAGUUGCAGAGCUUGGUCAUCGUGUCUCGGUUCAUCCGGGGCAAUUCACUCAGCUAGGCUCUCCGAGGAAAGAGGUGGUGGAAAACUCAUACCGAGAUCUGGAGUAUCACUCGGAGAUGCUGCAACUGCUCAAGCUGCCACCCCAGCAGGACCGUGACGCCGUUAUGAUUCUGCAUAUGGGCGGAGUCUUCGGGGACAAGGGCGAAACUCUGGACCGUUUUCGAAAGAAUUAUGCCCCAUUGUCACAAGAUAUUAAGAACAGAUUGGUUCUGGAGAACGACGAUGUCAGUUGGACAGUACACGAUCUGCUCCCCAUCUGCGAGGAAUUGAAUAUUCCUAUGGUUCUUGAUUAUCACCAUCACAAUAUUUUGUUCGACACAAAUGAGCUCCGCGAGGGCACUGAGGAUAUCAUACCACUCUACGACCGCAUUGCAGCCACAUGGUCGAGGAAGAAUAUCACCCAAAAAAUGCAUUACUCGGAACAAACCGCGCCCGCUAUUACCCCUCGUCAGCGUCGCAAGCACAGUGACCGGGUAGCAACAUUACCUCCUUGUGCUCCUACAAUGGAUUUGAUGAUUGAGGCCAAGGAUAAAGAGCAGGCAGUAUUUGAGUUGAUGAGAAACUUCAAACUACCCGGCUAUGAACUUAUUAAUGAACUCAUACCUUACACACGAACUGAUGAAAACAAACCCUUCAAGCCCCCGCGAAAAACCAAGAACAACAGUGGCUUUGUUGAUCUAGAGGGGGCUGUACCACCCAUUCGCACUGUCCCGGAUGAUGAAGUCGGCAUGGGUGGCCCUGAUCGGAGAGUCUACUGGCCUCGAGGCAUGGAAGAGUGGCUCCGACCUGCCAAGAAGAUCGUGAAGACUAAAGCGGCGGCCAGUCCAGCAAAGGGCAGUGCCUCAAAGAAAGUCAAGAUCGAGCCCACUGAACCUAAUGGUACUGAAGUGAAUGGUACCCAGGAGCCAUUAGCCAAGAAACCAGCUCGUGCACCGCGAACUCCAGUUUCUAAAUCCCGUGCGAAACGGAAAGCUUCAGACGUCGAGUCUACCUCGGGGUCCGAGGAAUUGAGCUCUAAACCUGCCGAGGAGCCUGUUUCUCGACGCAGCGCUCGAGCUAAGAAAGUCAACUAUCUUGAAGAUAGUGCAUAG